AUGCGGUCGCUCCUUUCUUUCUUUGCGCUUGUCUGGGCGGUGGCCGUGUCGGCCAUCAGCACCACGGGCGACAGGCUACUUGUCGUCUUAGACGAUGUCGCCGACCAGUCUAGCUACUCCAAGUUCCUAGGGGAUCUGACGAGUUUGUCACCCUGCCCCCUUUCCGUCUUGCGGUAUUGGCCUCGCAGAGGGUUCAAGCUGUCGUUCGAGACACCUAAGAGCGAGUCGCUGUCUCUGUUCCACCUCGGUGAACGAGCCUAUGACCAUGUCAUCCUGUUUCCGUCCAAGUCCAAGGGUCUCGGCCCCAACCUGACGGCGAACCUGCUCCUCCAGUUCAUCAACGCCAAUGGCAACAUCCUCCUGACGCUCAGCUCCGGCUCAUCAACCCCGUCCUCGAUCGUCUCCCUGCUCGCCGAGCUCGACAUCCAGCUGCCGGCGGACCGCACGGGUCUGGUUGUCGACCACUUCAACUACGACGCCGCGAGCGCCGCCGACCAGCACGACGUGCUCCUCCUCCCGGCGCCUCACAGCAUCCGGCCCGACAUCAAGGACUUUUUCGGCGCGGGCGCUAGCUCUAACGAGGUGUUGGUUUUCCCGCGCGGCGUAGGCGCGACCCUGGGGUCUGGCGAGCUUCUGACGCCUAUCGUGCGCGCCCCUCGCACCGCCUAUAGCUAUAACCCUAAGGAGCAAGGCGAGGUUGUGGACGAUCUUUUUGCGGCGGGUGAGCAGCUGGCGCUGGCGGCAGCGUUCCAGGCGCGCAACUCAGCUCGCCUCGCCCUGGUCGGCUCGGCCGAGCUGCUCGAGGACGCGUGGUUCGACGCCGAGGUCAAGACGACCAGCGGCCAGGCCGCCAAGACGUUCAACCGCGAGUUCGCCAAGCGCCUCAGCGGCUGGGCCUUCCAGGAGAUUGGCGUCCUGCGCGUCAACUGGAUCGAGCACCACCUCAACGAGGUGGGCGCGUCCAACGAGUCCAACCCGGGAAUCUACCGCAUCAAGAACGACGUGACAUACACCAUCUCCCUCUCUGAGUGGUCGUGGUCGUCCUGGUCCACAUUCAAGGUGCCGGCCAACGACGCGCUGCAGCUUGAGUUCUCCAUGCUGUCUCCCUUCCACCGGCUCGACCUGGCCCUCGACCCAUCUCACUCGACCGCCGAGGCGGCCGCCUACACGGCCUCGUUCAAGCUGCCCGACCAGCACGGCAUCUUCAACUUCAAGAUCAACUACAAGCGGCCCUUCUUCACCAACGUCGAGGAGAAGAACACGGUGUCGGUCCGCCACAUGGCCCACGACGAGUGGCCGCGCAGCUAUGUCAUCAGCGGAGCCUGGCCGUGGAUCACGGGCAUCGGCGCCACCGUGGCGGCCUGGUUGGCCUUUUGCGCCCUAUGGAUCUACAGUGCGCCCAUAGACCAGAAGAAGGGGGCCAAGAAGCUCUAA